GUCAAGCGAGCGGUUCCAAGAGCUUGGAUGGUGUGGGUGGACAGACGACUGCUGGUCAGACGGGUCUGCCUGCUGGAUCAGUUGCCCCAAACGUAGGCGACGAAGAUUCAGAUGAGGACAGGCUAGCGUUGGGAUUGGACAGCAGGAGGAAAAGCGGGGGCGCCAAGCCCAAGCAGGCGAAGCGAACCAAGGACGAUGUCAAGGCGGAGGAACUGCAGAAGUUGGGCUCGGAGGUGACCUCAUUGAUCGAGUCGUUGCGGUUCUUCCCGGAGCAGCCCACCGGCAACAGCUUGGGACGAGUAGCGCUGGACAAGGUCGAGAGACUUUUGAAAAAAGUGGACUGUUUGCGCCAGACUUCCAAGCUGGCCGGCAACAUGCUGUCGACCAAUGCAUCCACCCGCAAGAAGUGCAAAGCCGAGUUCAUCACCAAGAUGGAGCAGGCUAACCAGCAGCACCAGGAUAUCUUCCGAAGCUUCCCACAGAGUGUGAAGAAUGCUUUCCAAGAGCACUUGGUGCCAGCGCUGGUCGAGAAGCAAGACUGGGCAAGGAUUGCCGAGUCACUGUCCGUGGAGUUUGUGGAGGAGCUCUAUGGUGUGGACAAAGCCCAGGCACAGACUGUUGUUAUCAUCGAGGGCAUCGUCGGCAGUGUGCUCGCGAAGCACGAGGGAGAGAGGAACCCCGAGCUACGGGGCGAGGAGCGUGCCGCUCUUGCUGCGAAAGCU